AUGACCGGUAGUGAGAAGCUGCCACUGAUGGUCAUUGGCAAGUAUGGAAACCCGCGGUGCUUCAAAGGCGCUCGGCUGCCAUCCGGUGUUGUUUACAAGCACAACAAAAAAGCCUGGAUGACAGCCCAGCUGUUCGAGGAGUACGUGCGCCAGCUGGACCGCCCGCUCGCCCAGCCCCUCGAUCAGGGCAUCAUCCGCUCUGUCAAACAGAUUUACCGCAAAAAUCUUUUGCGGCGGAUGUUGAUCGCCAUGGAGAGUGCCAAAACGUACAGUAUAGACCUCCUGGGUGCUAUACACCUGCUUGCACACUCAUGGAUGCAGGUGCAGCCUGCAACGAUACGGAACUGUUUCGCGCGAGCACAAUUCAAGAUGCCAGAAGAAGGCAACGACGAGAACAUGGAGGAUAACGAGGAUGGUGAGGACACCGAAGACUGCGAGAGCCUCCUUGUUGAGGUGCUCGAGCGGCAAGGAGAGGGAGUCGACAAGUUCAACUUCGGCACUUUCCGAGAUGUGGACGGAGACGUCCUUACAUCCCCGGACUUUUCCGACAGCGACAUUGUUGCCGCCAUCGCACCUCGUCCCGAUUCAAGCGAAAGUGAGGAGGAGGGCGAUGUCGAAGUGGACGACGGCCCCUCGUUAUCCGAAGCUGCGCGUGCUGUGACUGUGAUGCGAGCCUUCGCCGAGAAGCGUGGCCUAAUGGACCGGCUGGCUCGCGGCCUCACCGACUUCGAAGAUGCCGUCGUCGAGGCAAGGCCACCACGGCGGCAAGUGAAGAUCACAGAUUUUUUUGCUGCCUGUCCAUAA